CAGGCGCUGCCCUCUGAACUGGAACGGAAAACAACUUCCGGUUGGAGUCACUCCGCCGGGCGCCGGCGACCCUAGGCGUGAGAGACUGCCGCGGAAGCCCUGAACUACCUGUCAUUUACUCCAUCAUUUAUAGUGAUGCUACAGGACGGAGAGGAAUGGAUAAAAACAUUGGCGAGCAACUCAAUAAAGCUUAUGAAGCCUUUCGACAGGCAUGCAUGGAUAGAGAUUCAGCAGUGAAAGAACUACAGCAAAAGCAGACUGAGAACUAUGAGCAGAGAAUACGUGAGCAACAGGAACAGCUGUCCCUUCAACAAACUAUUAUUGACAAGCUAAAAUCACAGUUACUUCUUGUGAAUUCCAGUCGAGAUAACAGUUAUGGCUGUGUUCCCCUGCUUGAAGACAGUGAAGCAAGGAAGAAUAAUUUGACUCUUGAUCAGCCACAUGAUAAAGUAAAAUCACGAAUACCAAAAGAAAAAGAAUCAAAGGUAAGAAGACAAGAGGUUUCUUCUCCAAGAAAAGAAACUUCACCAAGGAGUCUUGGCAUUCCUUUAUUCCAUGAAAGAGGUUAUAUAGAGAAGACUUUCUGGGAUCUGAAAGAAGAAUUUCAUAGAAUAUGCAUGCUAGCCAAAGCACAAAAAGACCACUUAAGCAAACUUAAUGUACCAGCCACUGUAACUGAGACACAGUGCUCUGUGCCUAUACAGUGUACGGAUAAAACAGAUAAACAAGAAGUGCUAUUUAAGCCUCAGGCAAAAGAUGAUAUAAAUAGAGGUGCACCAUGCAUCACAUCUGUCGCACCAAGAGGAUUGGGCCAAGAUGAGGAAGACACCUCUUUUGAAUCACUUUCUAAAUUCAAUGUCAAGUUUCCACCUACGGACAGUGACUCUACUUUCUUACACAGCACUCCAGAAAGACCCAGUGUCCUUGGUCCUGCCUCAUGUGAGGCUAUGUGCCAGGAUCAAUUUAAUAUGGAGUCCAGAGACAACCCGGGAAACUUUGUCAAAACAGAAGAAACUUUAUUUGAAAUUCAGGGAAUUGACCCCAUAGCUUCAGCUAUACAAAACCUUAAAACAACUGACAAAACAAAACCCUCAAAUCUUGUAAAUUCUUGUAUCAGGACAACUCUGGAUAGAGCUCCGUGUUUGCCACCUGGAGACCAUAAUGCAUUAUAUGUAAAUACAUUCCCACUUCAGGACCCAUCUGAUGCACCUUUUCCUUCACUCGAUUCCCCAGGAAAAGCUAUCCGAGGACCACAGCAGCCCGUUUGGAAGCCCUUUCCUAAUCAAGACAGUGACUUAUCGGUACUAAGUGGCACAGGCUCAGAACUGCAUAUACCUCGAGUAUGUGAAUUCUGUCAAGCAGUUUUCCCACCAUCCAUUACAUCCAGGGGGGAUUUCCUCCGGCAUCUUAAUUCACACUUUAAUGGGGAGACUUAAGACGCAUUUGAAAACAGACAUAUCAAGUUCUAUGCGAUGAUUCUGGGUUUGUAAUAUUAUGUACUUGAUUGCAAACUUAGCUCAAGAUAAUUUAUUGAAAAAUCCAGUGUCACAGCUAUUUGAAUUUUUUUCUAAACUUAUAUUGUAACUUUCUUUUAUUACCUUUUAAAAGAUCAUUCUGUACAAAACUGUAAUUCAUUGUAUUCAUGUUUACAGUGUUUAUUACCAUAAUUCAAAAUUAUGUAUGUGACUUAUGGAACUGUAUAACAAUAAUUUAUGUUUUUUUCAAAUGUCUAAGCUUAUUGCUUGGAUUUCUAGUUAGAUCUAUUGAAUUUGGUGAUGUCAAAUGUUUAUAGGGUUCUUUUCACUUGUUUUCAUUUAAAAGAUUAGAUUAUUUAUGCUGUGGGUGUUCUUUUUGAAUAAACCAAUAAUAGAGAAUAGCAGACAAGAUAAACAUCUGAGUAAAUACCAAACCUAAGACAUUUGUUGCUCAGUGAUAAGAUCACUGGUAGGAUUAUUUAAACACUUUAUUAUUUUUUUUUAAAUAAUAGACAUGGUUUUAAUUUUUACUAUACGUAGAGCAACAUGAUGAAAUUAGUUACAUGAUUAAAAGAGUUACUUAUGUUGUGAUAAUUAAUGUGUUCUUUGUUCCUAAAUAAAUAAAUAAAUCACAUUUGGGGGAAAUUCAUAAAA